AUGCACCCCCCUAAAACCAACCCCAGCCCCCCUCAAGGCUCCUGGUGUGGCUCCUCCCACUCCCUACUAAGCUCUGCCCUCUCUUGUAGCUCCUCCCCACCACGACUAGGCAUCGACUCCCAGCUGCUUGCCAAUUCGUUGAAACCCCACGCUGCGACCGUGGAAACGAAUGACAGGCCAAUCAGUGAUAGGAGCAAGAGUCCUCUAAAGCGGGGCCUGGAGUACCUGUUGACCCGAGAGGAGCCCAAGAGAACCGCCUCAGUGGACUCCCAGGGGAUGACCAUAGAGGACUACGUCAUUCUGGCUGACAUCCCCAGACUGGACCUGGGGUCAGAGGGAGAGGGGGGAGAGGUGGUACUGGGCCAGAGGAGGAGGACCCAGAGCCCCAGCCCACGUAGAGACCAGAGGCACAGGACACCCAGGUGAGUGGGGAGACUGGAGAGGAGACAAGAGGGACAUUAUAGAGAGAGAGAGGGAGGAGGGAGAAAAGAGAGAAGCGAGAGAAGAGAGGACAGGGAGGAAAUGAGCAAUCAUGGUGGUGGCGUUAUAAUUAGAAGAAGGGGAUUUCUGGAAGUUUUGGAGGGCAGAGGAAGUAUGAUAAAUGACUAUGCCUAUUGUAAGGGCCUACUGCAUGUACAGCAUAUUGUAAGGGCCUACUGCAUGUACAGCAUAUUGUAAGGGCCUACCGCAUGUACAGCAUAUUGUAAGGGCCUACCGCAUGUACAGCAUAUUGUAAGGGCCUACUGCAUGUACAGCAUAUUGUAAGGGCCUACUGCAUGUACAGCAUAUUGUAAGGGCCUACCGCAUGUACAGCAUAUUGUAAGGGCCUACCGCAUGUACAGCAUAUUGUAAGGGCCUACCGCAUGUACAGCAUAUUGUAAGGGUCUACCGCAUGUAUAGCAUAUUGUAUGGGCCUUCCGCAUGUACAGCAUAUUGUAAGGGCCUACCGCAUGUACAGCAUAUUGUAAGGGCCUACCGCAUGUACAGCAUAUUGUAAGGGUCUACCGCAUGUACAGCAUAUUGUAAGGGCCUACUGCAUGUACAGCAUAUUGUAAGGGCCUACUGCAUGUACAGCAUAUUGUAAGGGCCUACCGCAUGUACAGCAUAUUGUAAGGGCCUACCGCAUGUACAGCAUAUUGUAAGGGCCUACCGCAUGUACAGCAUAUUGUAAGGGCCUACCGCAUGUACAGCAUAUUGUAAGGGCCUACCGCAUGUACAGCAUAUUGUAAGGGCCUACCGCAUGUACAGCAUAUUGUAAGGGCCUACCGCAUGUACAGCAUAUUGUAAGGGCCUACUGCAUGUACAGCAUAUUGGGUCAGGAUUUUCUCUCAUUGUCUCUAUUUCUCAAACUCUUCCUUUCUUUUAGGUAUGCAGAGGAAUCUGAUAGCUACAGUACGAGGGUUGGGUCUGAUGAGAGGGGGAGGGGCAGAGAGAGGGGGAGAGACAGGAGGGAGAAAGAGAGGGAGAAAUAUCGCGACUCAGAGGACGGACGACUGUCCCGAACCCAGUCCACAACUGCGCUUCAGCCACAGGUAAUACGCUUGUUACCUUUGAGUACUUUAAAACAGUCACUCAUACUGUAUCAUAAGUACCAUCAUAUAAUUAUUAUUCAUAUAAUCAAUUUGUUACAGAAUUCAAAUAAUCAAACUGCAAAGGGCCUCAGAUCUUCUAAACCGCGGGAGAGAGUUCUACCUGAAAAUACCCAAACACAGUCUGACCAAAAGGGCUGGAUGUCAAAACUGGAUGAAUAUGGGGGGGUAACGUUGCAAAUGACACACAUGGCCAUGUGUUAUAACAAACUUGCACAAUUAGAGGAAAACAUCAUUCAAAACAAUAGCAGUGUUUUGAAUAUUUUGAAGUGUCACUGGUUUGACUGAGUCUGUUUGGCUUGUGUUUCUAACAGUGGAGGAGAUACUGGUUUGUGAUGAGGGAUGCUGCACUGAGUUUCUACAUGGACUCUGAGGCUGAGGAGGUGACGCCAUUUCCUAUAUAUGCAAUAUUAGUUCCCCAAUUAUAUUUAUAUCCAUAGAAGUCUUUUUUUGUCUGUAUCACGCCAGUUCCUCCAUGUCUGUUGUAGUCAGAUGACCUGGAUGGAGAGAUAGACCUGACGUCCUGUGUGAACGUCCAAGACUUUGACGUGGAGAAGAACUAUGGAUUCCAGAUACAUGUAUGUACUUCCUGGUUUUUCUCUCAUCGAACAUGUUGCUACUACUACUACCACUACUACUACUACUACCACUAGUACUACUGCUACUGCUGCUACUGCAACUACUACUACUACUGCUGCUGUUACUACUACUACUACUGCUACUACUAGUACUACUACUACUACUACUACCACUAUCACUACCACUACUACUACCACUACCACUACUCAUCUACUGCUACUACUACUACUACUGUUUCUACAACUACUACUGCUACUACUACUACUACUGUUGCUAAUACUACUACUACUAUCACCACUAUGACUACCUACUAUCUACUACCUACUACUACCACUACCACUUACCACUACUACUAUCUUUUCUCAACUUACUAUCACUACUUUCUGCUCUAAUACUACUACUCAUACCGACUAUGCUCACUCCCCUGGCUACUUUUACUACUAACUCACUACACUUCUACUCUACUACUACUACUACGAAUGCUCUCUUACUACACUACUCACUACACAACUAUCUACUAACACUACUACUGGACACUCGCUACUACUAUCUAUACUAUACUACUAUACUCUACGUACUCACACUGUUGUACUACUACUACUACACUAUACUACACUACUACUUACUACUACUUAUACUACUGUGCUACUACGACUACUACUUACUACUACUACUACUGUUGCUACUACUUACUACCACUACUACUACUACUACUACCACUACUACUACUAGUCUUGGGCUGCAACCCUUGUCCAUCCUUAAAUAGUGCACUACUUUUGACCAGGGCCCAUAAAGUAGUGCAAUAUAUAGCGAUUAGGGUGUCAUUUUGGAUGCAGACUUGGUGUCUGUAUGCUUUAGUUCCUUCCUGUUUGUAACCCCUCAGAUGUGGCUUUUCUCUGUUCUUUAUCUCUUGAUCUCAACCAGACAAAGAAGGCAGUGUUCACUCUUUCAGCCUCGACCUCCAGGAUCAGGAGGAACUGGGUUAAUGUGCUGAGACAGACUAUCCAACCCAGACACUCUCCAGACAUCACACCGUUAGUAUUUCUAUUCACUGUGUCUGAAAUGGCACUGUGUUGGAAAUGGCACACUGUCUGAAAUGGCAUACCAUUAAUUAUGUCGUAAAGUAAUUAUGUGCAUUUCUGUUGUGAUCUUAGGCCACACCAGUCUAAGUGCAGGACUUUGUCUGUGUCUGAAAUGGCACCCUAUUCCCUAUGUACUGCACUACUUUGGAUCAAAGCUCCUAUUAGCCCUGGUCCAAAGUAAUGCACAUUACAGGGAGUAGAAUAGGGUACCAUUUCAGACGCAGACAAAGUCCUGAACCUAGACUGGUGUGGCCUAAGAUCACAACAGAAAUGCACAUAAUUACUUUAGGAUAUAAUUAAUGGAAUUGGAGGCAACAAGAAGACAAUUAGACAAAUGUAAUAAUAUACAAGAGUAAAAAAUGUGACUAUGUAGCUAUAUCUGAAACACUUUUCCCAUGGUCCCCAUUUUUCUAUCACAGACGGUCAGACAGUGAAAGAGAAAACGGUCACUCUCGGCCUGUGUCGUCUCGCCAGCCUCCCUCUAUGCUCACCUGUGAAGACUCCGACCCUCGAACCACUAACUCCACCUCCAACCCUCGUCAAAUGGACUCUGUGGCCCCGGAUCUAAAUGACACCUCGCCCAAUAUGUCAUCAGACAGUCAGAGAGAGGCAGGGGAGGGCUCGGACAGAGAGCAAGCAAAGCGAUUGGAGGAGAGGAACAGAUGGUUUGAGGGAGGGAUCCCCUUCAGAGAGAUGGGCAACAGAUGGGACUCUCUGGAGCUGAAGAAAGGCAGCGUACCUGUACCUGACACUCACACCAUGGACACGGACGUCAACAAUAAGUGGGUGGAGUUCGAGAGUUUAUCAUUCAGGGAGAUGAGCGCGCUGUCUCUGAUUGGUGCACAGACUAAUCAGACCAAUCAAACGAUUCCCAAUCAGACGAUUCCCAAUCAGACGACCAGUGCAACGGCCCUACAGAGGGAGGUAGUGUGAGAAUUAUUUUCCACUCUAAAUCCUAAAUGUAAAACAGUUAUUUGUUCAUUUGAGCGUUUAACAUGUAAUAAUUAUAACGUUUAGCAUCGUCUUGUAAAGGUAUCAUAGAAACAGAGAGGAUGUUUUCAAUAUACAUAAUGAAUAAUGUAGGGAAUCUUUCCUCACCCUCCUCACAUCUCUCUCUCUCUCUCUUUCUGUCUCACUCUUCCACUUUCGUCCCCUCUUUCACACAAUUUUCUCUCACUCUCUUCCUCUCUCCGCUCUCCGCUCUCUCUUUCUUUCUAUUGCUCCCCUAUCUUCCUCCCCUCUCUAUCCCACUCUUUAUCCCCCUCCUCUCCCCCUCCUCUCCCUCUCUCUCAGGCGCUAUCACUCAGGCAGCAGGUGGAGUGUCUGCGUAAGGAGCGUGUGGAGAUGGGGAUGGAGGUGGACAGUCCGUGUGGCCCUUGGGCCCCCUGUGGCCAGCGUCUGGAGGCCAUGGAGGCGACCCACCGCAGGGCCCUGAUGGAGCUCCAGGAGAGCCAUGCCAGGGAGGUCGGAGAGCUGCAGAGACAGAGAGACAGACUGCUGCAGGAGGAGAGCCAGUCCACGGCACAAGGUGGGAAGGAGAGACCUGUUGGGGAUAGUGUUUAAUAUCAUGUUGAGUGUUAUAUGAAUAAUGACACUUUUUCUAGGGACAAUGUCACAAAGCAACUUUUCUUGUGGAACAGAUUACCUACCCUCCUGUGUCCUGUCUUUCCCCUCUUCACUUCAACGUUUUCUUUUUUCCUUGUCAUGUUAUGCCACUCCUGUGCUCUGUAGUGGUUGAGGCCCUGAAGGAGGCUCACAAGGAGGAGCUGGAGAGGGAGGUGGAGAAGGCCAGGAGGAUGGCUGGAGGGGGUGGCCAUAUGGAUACUACGUACAGAGGACAGACGUGAGAUCCAUUCUCUUUAGCCAGACAUCAAAGUCACCAAAAGUGAAGAGAAAGUUUUCUCUAAUGGGAUAACUAUCCACCCUGUGCUUGUGCAUCAGUGUGCUUGUGCAUCCAUGCAUCCGUACGGGCAUACCCACAUGUUUUCUUGGUUCUCUACAGACCCCAGGCUGAUGCCCUCCACAGUGAGUUGGACGUUCUGUCAGAGAGAUAUUCCCAGAAGUGCCUGGAGCUGAACCGGGCCGAGCAGAGCGGAGGAGACAGAGAAACAGAGCUGAGCCGGAAGGACAGAGAGAUGGAACAGCUCCGCAGAGAGAACCAGGUCAGAGUGCAGAGAGAAGAAGGAGAGAGAGAGAGAGAGAGAGAGAGAGAGAGAGAGAGAGAGAGAGAGAGAGAGAGAGAGAGAGAGAGAGAGAGCAAGCCGAGUCUGUCAUGAGAGACUAAUUAACAACAAAUGAAUUAUCUAAUUCAUUCUCUAAUUAACAAUUUAAGCAAUGUACCAUACUGUCACACAGUGCAAUAGUAAUAAGUAUUUUUAUUUCAUCUUCAUGAUUGUCUCAGGAACUGCAGGCUCGUCUGACUGAGGAGAUCAGCUGCAUGCGCCACUUCAUCACAGGUCAAAGGUCAGGAAACGUCUCCCCUGGCAACUGUGAGCGCAGUCCCUCGGAAUUGGAAGUAAGAAUAAAGUUUUACAUUCUGAGUAGUUGUAUUGGAAGCUGAACUGGAUACAAGUACAUGUUGCAUUUGAGUAUUUGUUAUUUAAAUGCCUUCUUCUGUGUAUUUGAGUAUUUUCAAAUAUACAGCCCAAAACAAAUAUUUGUAUUUUAGUAUUUGAAUGGUUAUUUGUAAAAACCAAAUAGACAACCAAAUUGUAUUUGAAAAUAUUUUCAGAUACAUAUUUCAAAUACCUGGGUUAAAUGCAUUAUUCAUGGGAGUGUAUUUGAGUAUUUUCAAAUACAUUCCAAUAUUCAACUACUUGAUUUUUCUAAUAAAGAUGAUCUGAAUACUUAUUUUGAAAUGUAUUGGAAAGUAAUUGAAAUACCUGAAAUAGUAUUUGAAACCAGGACUGAUUGGAAGCAAGGAUGAAAAAGAGAAGAAACGCUUACAUCUAAGUUGCUCUAUUGAUUGGUGUGUAGAUUAGUGUCGGCCAUUGGUGAUUGGUCACGUUGUAAUGUUGUCCUCCAGAUUCUGCCAUCUAUUGGCUGGACCAGAUUAAUUCGGAAUACUGAAAACAUCACCUCAAUGACUUGCUGCUGGGGUCCUAAAAAGAACCAUGUAGAACACCUAGUCCUGGUCAUCAGUGACAUCAGUGCACUAUUCGUUCAUUGACACAAUACUGAUGAAGGAAUUGUGGAAUGAUAUCAAUAUAGAUGAGUAUUGUAUCACUAAAAUGACAAAAAAUACUAAACUGAUGUAUCCGUGUUGCCCUCCAGAUGCUGCUACGAGCAAAGGAGAUUGAGGCUGAGUACCUACAAAAAGAGAUUGGCUGUCUAAGGAAUGAACUGCAGUCUCUAACUAAGGUACCGCUGGUAUAUUCUGUAUCCACAUGAUUAACCCUUACAAAAUCCUGAUAACACACCACACAGUGGGGGAAAAAAGUAUUUAGUCAGCCACCAAUUGUGCAAGUUCUCCCACUUAAAAAGAUGAGAGAGGCCUGUAAUUUUCAUCAUAGGUACACGUCAACUAUGACAGACAAAAUGAGGAAAAAAAUUCCAGAAAAUCACAUUGUAGGAUUUCUAAUGAAAUUAUUUGCAAAUUAUGGUGGAAAAUAAGUAUUUGGUCAAUAACAAAAGUUUCUCAAUACUUUGUUAUAUACCCUUUGUUGGCAAUGACACAGGUCAAACGUUUUCUGUAAGUCUUCACAAGGUUUUCACACACUGUUGCUGGUAUUUUGGCCCAUUCCUCCAUGCAGAUCUCCUCUAGAGCAGUGAUGUUUUGGGGCUGUCGCUGGGCAACACGGACUUUCAACUCCCUCCAAAGAUUUUCUAUGGGGUUGAGAUCUGGAGACUGGCUAGGCCACUCCAGGACCUUGAAAUGCUUCUUACGAAGCCACUCCUUCGUUGCCCGGGCGGUGUGUUUGGGAUCAUUGUCAUGCUGAAAGACUCAGCCACGUUUCAUCUUCAAUGCCCUUGCUGAUGGAAGGAGGUUUUCACUCAAAAUCUCACGAUACAUGGCCCCAUUCAUUCUUUCCUUUACACAGAUCAGUCGUCCUGGUCCCUUUGCAGAAAAACAGCCCCAAAGCAUGAUGUUUCCACCCACAUGCUUCACAGUAGGUAUGGUGUUCUUUGGAUGCAACUCAGCAUUCUUUGUCCUCCAAACACGACGAGUUGAGUUUUUACCAAAAAGUUCUAUUUUGGUUUCACCUGACCAUAUCACAUUCUCCCAAUCCUCUUCUGGAUCAUCCAAAAGCACUCUAGCAAACUUCAGACGGGCCUGGACAUGUCCUGGCUUAAGCAGGGGGACACGUCUGGCACUGCAGGAUUUGAGUCCCUGGCGGCGUAGUGUGUUACUGAUGGUAGGCUUUGUUACUUUGGUCCCAGCUCUCUGCAGGUCAUUCACUAGGUCCCCCCGUGUGGUUCUGGGAUUUUUGCUCACCGUUCUUGUGAUCAUUUUGACCCCACGGGGUGAGAUCUUGCGUGGAGCCAAGAUCGAGGGAGAUUUUCAGUGGUCUUGUAUGUCUUCCAUUUCCUAAUAAUUGCUCCCACAGUUGAUUUCUUCAAACCAAGCUGCUUACCUAUUGCAGAUUCAGUCUUCCCAGCCUGGUGCAGGUCUACAAUUUUGUUUCUGGUGUCCUUUGGCAGCUCUUUGGUCUUGGCCAUAGUGGAGUUUGGAGUGUGACUGUUUGAGGUUGUGGACAGGUGUCUUUUAUACUGAUAACAAGUUCAAACAGGUGCCAUUAAUACAGGUAACGAGUGGAGGACAGAGGAGCCUCUUAAAGAAGAAGUUACAGGUCUGUGAGAGCCAGAAAUCUUGCUUGUUUGUAGGUGACCAAAUACUUAUUUUCCACCAUAAUUUGCAAAUAAAUGCAUUAAAAAUCCUACAAUGUGAUUUUCUGGAUGUUUUCUCUCUCAAUUUGUCUGUCAUAGUUGACGUGUACCUAUGAUGAAAAUUACAGGCAUCUCUCAUCUUUUUAAGUGGGAGAACUUGCACAAUUGGUGGCUGACUAAAUACUUUUUUUCCCCCACUGUAAACACAAAUAUUAAUCUUCAGUAAAAUCUCCCUCUUAUUGUCUUGUCCUAAGGUACUUGCAUGUGCCGUUUCUGCUGUUCCACUCCAGACCAACCAUUCAAACAACAUGUGCUUACAUAUACUCACACACAUAACAGAAUAUGGAUAAGAAACCUCACUCUACUGGUCUCCUCUGUGUUGGUCUAUGACCCCCCCCUCUAGGAGAAGCAGAGUUUGUGUGACCGCUACAAGGAGGUGUAUGUGGAGCUGAUUGGGAUGAAAGGUCGCAGUGAGCUGGAUAUCAGGGACCUCAGGGAGCACCUCCGACUGGCUAACGCAGCACUGCAGGAAGGGGGAAAGGACACCUGA